AUGAAGUUUCACCGCAGGGGUUUCUGCGCCGUGGAAGUGGUCGACGGGAAGAUAUACGUGAUCGGAGGAGGGUAUAAGGGAGAUAAGGGGAUGCAAGUGGAGGUUUUUGAUCCGAAGACGCGGAUUUGGAGUUUCGCAGGGAGGAGAAACUCCGAUGGAUAUCUUCGCCGUAUUGCGCCUCUCUGGAGGGGAAGGUUUUGGUGGUGGAUGCUUACGGUUAUAAAAUGGCGGUAUAUGAUCCAAGACAAGGUAAAAGAGAGGAGUGGGUUUAUGUGGUUUGACACAAAGCUUAGUGUUUGGACAAGGUUGGUUAUGUCUGAAUCUGAUUAUGUCUUUGAUGUCACUGAUUACUUUAAUGUGGAUGCAAUGGUGGAAUACCAUGGAAAGCUUGCGGUUUUCUGGAGAAGAAAAAUAUUGGAUAACAGUGUGUGUGGAUUGAUGAUGGCAUUGGAUAAGGUUGGAGACAGGAUUCGUGGGAAGAUCGAAUGGUCUGGUGUUGUGGCCACUAGUGUCCCUAAUAACUGUAUGAUUGAGCAUUGGUUUGCUGUUUCUCAUUGA